UCAUGCUGCUGCCAGGUCCAGAGUCUCUCAUGGGUCCCUGUACGGCCUCCCAUUGCUGCUGUCUCCAUCGCCACACUCUGCCAUGUGCCACUUUCAGGUCUCCUCACACACUGCUGGUGUGUAGAAUUUUUUGACAUAGGGUGCUGGCAGAUUACGGGCCUCCCAUGCUGCUGCCAGGCCCCUAAUCUGCCAUGGGCCCCUAUACCGCCUCCUCAUGCUGCUGCCAGGUCCAGAGUCUGUCAUGGGUCCCUGUACGGCCUCCCAUUGCUGCUGUCUCCAUCGCCACACUCUCUGCCAUGUGCCACUUUCAGGUCUCCUCACACACUGCUGGUGUGUUGAAUUUUUUGAC